UGUGAAACUGGAAAACACUUCCACCUGGCCACAGAGGUCUCUUCGGAACGAGAAUCGCUACCAUAAUCAUUGAAAGCAUGGAGCGGCUUUCCGGAGAUUAAUAAAGAGGUGGAGACGGUGACACCAUGGCUGUGGAUGCCGGGUCCAGUUUCCAGUUCUGCCGGACGGUUCUGGACCAUGCCCUCUCCGCUGAGGACCUCUGCUGCCAGCGGUCCCGGAACACGGGCGGGAACCUGACCUGGCAUGAUGGCCGGGGCCAGGAGACAGCGGGCGGCAGGGCGGUGAAACUCCUUCAGCAGCCGGGAACUGAAUCCCUGCAGCUGCGUCCUGAUGAGGCAUUAGCAGUGUAUCAUCCCAGCCCCUCCCUCUCAGACCUGUCCCGCCCAGUGGUCCUGUGGAGCCAGCAGGAUGUAUGCAGGUGGCUGAAGAGACACUGUCCUCACAACUACUUGAGUUAUGUGGAGGUGUUCUCCCACCACGCCAUUACAGGGCGGGCAUUGCUGAGGCUGAAUGGGGAGAAGCUGGGCCGUAUGGGGAUAGUACAGGACACUCUGAAACAGGAGGUGCUUCAGCAGGUCCUGCAGCUGCAGGUGCAGGAGGAGGUGAGGAACCUGCAGCAGCUCAGCCGAGCUUCCUUUGGCAACCUGUCAUAGACCUUUCCAUCCUGCACCUCUGACCUGGCCCCACCCAUCCAGGACCCUUAAGAGGAACCAAUCGGGUCAAAUACCCCCUGCCCUGCACUGUGAAGAGAGGACCCAGGCCUUCACCAAAUCAGCGCACUUGCCUACUAAGUUGUUCACAUAUAUAACUUCCAUACUCAAUAUUAGGCAAGUGUGCUGAUUUGGGCACAGCCCCACUUUUGACUCUGCUGUACCUUCGGAUUGGCUGACUAUCGCCCCCUGCUGGCAUAAAGAAGGCAGUGCUGUGAGGCGCUGGCUCACUGUGAUAUGAACUUGCACCAGCUUACAGCAGAGUGUACUGCACAGAGUAGUAGCUCCAGAUACUUCAGCCCAGCUGUUACAAAGAGGAAUAAAUUAGUGCUGAACAGCAGAGACAAUCAAUCACACAUUAAAGUAAUCCUUACAUGAGUAACUACAAACAAGGACUUACCCAAAGAGCUGGAGAGCUUGUGAGCCUUUAGCCCAUGUAAUAGGCUGAACAGGAAACUGUCUGUUUGGACCUCUGCGACGCCUUCCUCAUUGUCCUCCUAUUUUAAGUUACCCGAUAAAGAUUCUUCAUACACUGUGUCAUGAGCUGUCCAUCAAAGACUCCAGUGAGAGGAGCCUUGCAGUAACAUGGCCAUCCAGAGGGGGCGAUGCUGAGCACCUGUCGUUCAUGCCUCCAGUUAAACUGCAGUCACCAUUCCUUGGGCUCUUUGUACACUGAUGAGCUGCUCAUAAUAUUGUUCUAUUCAAUUGAAUUGUAGUAGUGUUGUGCUUUUUACGAGGGCAUUGUCAGAAUGUGGUUACAUUGAGAUUUAGGCCUGAGAUUUAAGCCUAGGACUUUUUGUGAAAACCAGGGGUGGAGGGUUUUGAAAAUAUUCAGUUAAUAUGUAUAUAGCAAUUGUAAAGAAAUUAAAUUCAUAUAAAUCACAAUAACACACAAUAAACUUUUUUAUGUACAA